AUGUCCGCCCUAUUCCGCGCCUCGAGGGAUCGAUGCCGCCGCCUCGUCGUCGACGCGGUCGAAACGAGCGUGACUUCCGUUCGAGGAUUCUCUCGCGUCACCUCUUCGAUCGUCCAUCGUUCUUCGCUCUCGGAUGAACAGCGACGUCGCGUCGAUCGAUCGGAGACGCUCGAGAGCGCUUUUAUGAGGAGCGACGCGCGCCCGAGCGAUGGGCGCGUCUCCGGGAGAGGACGCGCGCACGGUCGUUCGUUCUCGACGUCGACGAGCGAGACCUCCGACGACCAGACGAGCGGACGCGUCGUGGACCUCGCGGACGACGCUUUGUCAUCAACGCUCCCGGAAUCGGCGUCGGUGAAGGCACUUGUGACGGCUUUUGAUUUCGUGAGCGCGAGCGGUGAGGGCGGAGACGGGAAGAAACGAAGCGCGAGCGCGGCGGCGGCGACGACUCGGCGUCUGUUGUCGCGCGCAAGUGACGAGACUCUACGAGCGGCGAUCGAUUCGCAUCGACGCGUCGAUGUUCGAGGAUCAAGAGGUUCCGGUAAGAGCGUCGCAUUGGCGCGCUUAGUCAUGCGCGCGCGCGCCGAUGGAUGGAUUGUCGCGUACGUGCCGGACGGUUUGGAGCUUACGAGGUUUAGCUACUUUAGCAAGAGCGCGAAGGAAGGAUGCGAGGGUUUGUGGGAGACGCCGGAUUGUGCGAUGCGAGUGCUGAAGCACAUUGCGAACGUAGCGAACGAAGAGGCGCUCAAGUCGAUCACCGUGCAAGGGGUCAUCGUGAAGGACAACUCGGUGCAGAAGAAGGGCAAAGGACAAAGUGCGCCGGCGGACGAGGUGAAAGCAAAGGACAUGAAUUUGUUCGACUACGCCAUAGCGGGCUCGAACGAUCCGGAGAUCGCUGUGGACUGUGCGAUAACGGUUUUGGACGAAUUGCGAACUCUCGCCAAGCGCGGUGAUCACAAAGUUAUGUUCGUCGUCGAUCAGUACAAUGCGUUGUUCGGCCCGUCGGACAUGCACGAGGUCACCGGUCCGAGAUCGCGAAAGAAUAUUCCCGCGAAGAGUCUACGCAUGGCGCGAGCGGUGAUUGACGUCGUUGACUCGGCCUUGGGAGAUGAUGCCAAGCACGUGGCCGUCACCGCGGCGUGCGAAUCCGUUGGCGUGUCCAAGGCGAACACCGCGGCGUCUCGUCCGCAUGAAUCCAACGUGACCAUUGCGGUGGACACGCCCAGGUUUUCCACGGAAGAAAUUACCGAUCUUCUUCGUGAGUUCAAGCGCGUUGGUAUCGUGAGCGCCGUUAUCGACGAAAGAACCGUGCAGGCGAUGAAGGCGUUGACUGGCGGCAACCCGGUUGAGAUUCGGAACCUCGCGUCGACGCUCUUGCGAUGA